AUGCCGCGCUGCGAAACCUUCGAUUUCGAGCCAUUGCAGCCAGAUGCCGAGCUUGACGAGCUUGUGUGGGCCUGCCCCGUGACGGGCGAAGCCUUUGCCACCUACGAGGUGUACCUUGAGCGGAUCACCCAGCUCAAGGAGCGCAAGUGGAGCUGCCUUCACUCAAGCAGCAAAAACCUGACCUUUGAAGAGGCCAUGCGGUCUGAGGUUCGGUUGGAGCGCAGCAUCAUCCUUCUGCGACCGUUCUUGGAGGUUUUGUGCCACAUCUUUCACAACCAUGCCCCUGACAACCUCAAGAAGCUACUACCCAAGGUCCAAGCUCAGCUGAAUUGCUUUUUCCGUGACAAUUGGCCUGCCGAGUACCCCGCCCAAGCCAAGGAGGCGGCCGCGCGCGAGACCGUCAAGGUUUUGCGCGGGGUAUCAGUGGACGCAUUCCUGGCCACAGAAGACCCUACGACCCUUGAAUACGAGAUUGAGCUGCCCGAUGGCGAGCGCAAGGUCGUGUCUGCGACCGAAUUGCGCCAUCGUCCUGAUUACACCAUUACGCUCGAACCCAUGCGACGUUUUAUCCGCGUUCACACCCGCCGCUUUUACGGAGACAAUGGGCCUUGGCUGGUUCGAACUGCGUUGCGUGAGCUGUUCGACAUUCCUGUGGGCGAGGCCAGCGCGGCCGAUGAGAAGAGUCUGUUUAGCGUCCCGGCACCACAUCUGAUGCUGCACCUUCCACUCCCUCAAGGCUACAACGAAAAGGCUACGGCAUCUGACAAGACCAGCUCACGUAGCAAACCCGGAACCCCGGCGAAAAAAGCCAAGCGAGCGGCACCAGAGCUCUCCGAGGCUCAACGGACAUCCGGCGAUUUCGAUCUCACUUUUGCCUUGGUCAAUCCACAGAAAGCAGAGGCAGCGGCCAAGGAAAAGCUAGCCCAGCGCAAGCGCGAGCGUGAAGCCCGCGAGGAUGCGCAGCGUGUUGAGACGGCUUACUGGGUUGCUCGGGACGACAUGGCUCUUGCUGAUUCCCAACCGCUGCCUACUCUACAACGCAUCAAGUACGCCGGUAGCGCCGAGCAAUUUGAGCGCGUCAUGGAGAUCUAUCAAAUACUCAUGACCUUUGGGCCAGUCUUGGAAAUGAGUAACUUUGUCGAGUAUGAGUUUAACGUUUACGACUUGGACCGUGCGUUGCAGUCACCCCUUACCACGGGUCUGGUGGCCGAUCUUGUCAGCUUUAUGCUUGUUUCCCUGUGCGGCGACGACAGCACCGCCAUUGAUGUCACAUUUCUGGCAGCCCCAGUGCAAUCCGUGGCUGCCAAUGGCCCAGCGACCAUUUCCUUGCUGCUUCUCGAGUAUCUGCGCGUUUACAUACACGAAUUUGCACAUCGCGACAUGCUCCAAGACUUGCAUUCUCGUACCUUCUUCGAUUUGUCAUAUGUGCACAAGCUGGACGUGUUCGGUUUCUUGGCCGUCCGGCUUUUGGAGACUGAUGCCGUUCAAUCAGCCAUGGUGCAAGCCGAACAAGACAUCAAGGCGGCCCGCAACGCGUGGUUGCAAGAGGCGAUGGAAGCGAGCAACCAGCGCAAAAAGACAAAGGAAGAACUCAAGACAGCUCGUGCUUCACUCAAGGAUGCCACCGAUUCCUUGAAGGAUGCCUUGGAACAGGAGAAAACCACUGCAGACGACAGCCGCUCAAAGAAGCGCCAGGCAAACGUUGCCUCACAAAAAGCCCAAGCCGCCAAACAGCAAGCUGAACGCAUGGAAGCCAAACUUAAAGAUGAGGCGUCGCGGCAAAAUCAAGACGUUUCCGAGCGGGAGCGCCGGUUGCGCUCCACCAUGCUCGAACACAGCGUCGUCUUUCGCUCCGUUUGCUUGGGCAAGGAUCGUUACUAUCGUCAAUACUGGUGCUUGCUUGGCUUUGGGGGCAUUGUCGUGUCACCGCCCUCAGCCAUGGACAUUGAAUUGCACGGCAUUGUUCAAAAAGAGUGGGAGGCAGCACCAAAGCCCAAGGCGUUGAGUGCACUUGGCCGCGAACAAGCCGAGAAGAAUGCUUGGCAUGUUGACGCCAACGAAGGCUGCCAUACCUCCAUCCCCGAUCUCGACGAAGAUGUGAUCAACUGCGAAUGGCGCGUGAUCAAGGACCCGAAUACCUUGCGGGAUGUGGUUGCGGCCUUCAACGGUCGUGGUGUGCGUGAAGUGGAUCUCAAGGAGAAUAUUGCACGCUACAAAGAGACUGUGUCAGCAGCCUUUGCUUUGAAGGUGCCCCGUUCGUGCUUUGGCCGUGCCAUCUUGCCCAGCGAGGAUGCCUCUGCUGAUGCGGAGAUGCUCCAUGGCUUUAAAGAGCAGUUGAUGGACGCAGUGCGUCGCCUCUUUGAUGCAUCGUUGCUCGAUGCCCCUGAGAAACAUGAUGUGGAGGAUUGGCGCCAGCGCGUCGACGAUGCCAACAACGUGCAGGCACUAGGCAAGCUUUUGACAGAGGUGCUGAGUAUCAUCCCGCAAAAGUUUUUGCGGAGCAAGCACAAGACGAAGACAAAUGAGGGUGUAUGCUUGGGAGCCAGCGAGCUCUCGCCGGAACAGAUUGAGCUUGCACGCCGUGAGCUGCUGGUUCUACGCAAGCGAGCCGCCGCCGAAGGCCGGGAAGCUAUCGUUGCUGAAACGGAGUCAGAAUCAAAGGCCGCUAUAACCAGCAUGAACGGCAAGUCUUCCAUGGAGCAGCGUGAUACUCUAGAGGAUGACGAUCAAGACUCGCGCAUGGAUCAACGCCCAGACGAUGACGACGACGACGACGACGACGACGACGACGACGACGACGAGAAGAAGGUUGAACAAAAUGAAAUUGAACAAACAGGAUCAGGUUUGAUCAACGGAACGGCUUCUGGUAUGCCAGCUCCCAGCACACCGGUUGAAUUUUUCCGAGAGGUGGCGCAGCUUGCCACCAACUGCGCGCAGCUGCAUUUGCUACUCAGCACUUUGGAUAGCAGCAUACGCUGGGACUUGUCCAUUCUCAACGCGCGCUGUAAAGUCUGUCGCAAAACGACGCAAGAGGACCAGCUUUUGCUUUGCGACGGCUGUGAAGAUGCUUAUCACAUGUUUUGUUUGCGACCCAAACUACGUACGGUGCCCGAGGGGGACUGGUUCUGUCCCGUUUGCCAACCGACCCCGCGUAAACCGGCUGCAAAGCGUCGCGUUCAACUGGAGGAGGACUCUGAUUCGGCAGACCAGGGUGCCAGCGGCGCAGAAGACGAGGAGCAAGAUGACAGCGAGGAAGAACCUGCAGCAACAUCUCGGCGUAGCCGUUCUGCCCGGGGCGGGCGGGCCAGCAAGCGCCAGGCACCUCGGGCACGCCGCAGCUUGACCAAGGUCUCUUAUGCCGAGGCCAGUGAUUCUGACGAGUCGGACGGCAAUGACAAUAACGAGGCCCGACAAACGCGUCGAUCUCAACAGUUUAACAAGGAGGAACUGGCGAUUGCUGAGGAGCUUUUGACCUUGCUUUUUGACGACGAGCUGGCUGCACCAUUUCGCUUUCCUGUUUUGCCGGCUGAGGUGCCUGACUAUCUUGAGGUUAUUGACGAGCCCAUGGAUUUGAAGACCAUCAAGCAAAAACUGGACAACUUGGAAUACCAUGACCUUGCUGAGUUUGAUCGAGAUGUGGAGCUGGUUUUUCAAAACUGCUUGGAGGUAUGCUCAAGUGGGCUCGCACCCAUGUGUCUGUGCUCCCUCAACUUGAAUGUCCUCACCCUUUCUUUUCCCUCCUUUGUUUUUGCAGUAUAA